AAGUAAACACCGGAACAGUAUAAAUGUGCCAUUAUUUCGCAGACGUACCACAGUUCGAUUCCAAUAGCACCAGCGACAUACAGCGUACAAAACAACCAUGCAGGGUGCUAUCUUAAUCGUCGUCUUGGCUUUGGCCACCGCAUCCAACGGAUCGUACCUUCCGGCCGUUCAAUCGGUUCUCCCGUAUUCCUACAACUCCGGAGCCUAUGGCCUGAAUGCGUACGACGGAUAUGGUCACUAUUCUUCCCUUGGUGGCUUGGGAUACUCUUCGCUGCUGGACCAC